UUGUAUGAGAGGAACCCCAUGACCUUGAUACAUUUUUGCAAUUUUUUCCAUUUUCAGGGGGCAAUUAUUCCAGAAUAGGGCAUAAGAUGCGUCCCCGGCGCGCCGGCGGCGAGGAGGAGCGGGUGCUGAGCCACGGCGACGUGGUGCUCCUCCGCUGCGACCUCACCGUCCUCCAUGGCCCCCACUUCCUCAACGAUCGCAUCAUCGCCUUCUACUUCGCCCACCUCUCCUCUUCCCUCCCCGCCCGCGACGACCUCCUCCUUCUCCCGCCCUCCAUCCCCUACCUUCUCUCCAACCUCCCCGACCCGCCCUCCGUCGCUGCCGUCGCCGAUCCCCUCCGCCUCGCCUCCCGCCGCCUCGUGCUGUUCCCCGUGAACGACAAUCCCGACGUCUCCCACGCCGAGGGCGGCUCCCACUGGACCCUCCUCGUCCUCGACAACACCCACCCCGACUCCGGCCCCCGCUUCGUCCACCACGACUCCCUCCCGCCCACCAACCUGCUGCCCGCACGCCGCCUUGCUGCCGUCCUCCGCCCGCUGCUCCCCCCCUCCGCCAGGAUCCCGCUCAUCGAGGGGCCCACGCCGAGGCAGACUAAUGGCUACGACUGCGGCGUCUUCGUGCUAGCGGUGGCCAGAGCCAUCUGCCACUGGUGGGCGACCCGCCGUCAGGAGGGGGAAUCCGAUUGGUUCGAGGCCGUCAAGAGGGAGGUGAACGCCGACAGCGUCAAGGCCAUGAGGUCCGAGGUUCUGCAGCUCAUCGAUGGCCUCAUCCAACAGAAGAAGAGCAAAAACAGCCAAGAUUCAUGCAUGUUAUUUAUUCUAGUAUCACUCUUCUCUUUUUUUCUUUUGCCUCAUUUCCUUUGUUUUACAUCUUGCCUGUGGGAUAUGCAAAGUCACAAGAAGGUCACUGCUGUGAAGCCUGUGGCAUCCAGGCCUUCUUCCCAAUUGAGGUCCUUCUCAGUGCUUCAGAAAGACUCCACUGCCACUGAUUCUCCAUGGGCCACCUCCCCGAAGGAGACAAUCAUAUUAAGAUGUCCGAAGGCAGCAUGGUUCACUCGCCCACUGAGUGGUUCAUCAACAAAAAUUGCUGCAACCAUAUUAGAAGACAGUGGCUCAACAUACGACCAAAAGAAAGCAGAUACAACACAAAUAACCUGUCAGGACAAUUUGACAGUGUCCCACAGUGUCAGGCAGCCAGUUGUCACUGUGAAGAACCGUUUGGCCUAUGAUGGCUACAGCUGGAGGAAGUAUGGACAAAAGCAAGUGAAAGGGAGUGAGUUCCCACGGAGCUACUACAAGUGCACUCACCCAACAUGCUCUGUCAAGAGGAAGGUGGAGAUGACACCAGAUGGUCAGAUUGCUGAAAUUGUAUACAACGGUGAACACAACCACCCCAAACCUUAUCCUCUGAAAAAGCCGUCAUUAUCAAGUGUGGAGACUGUGGUUGCCACUAAUGAUGCUGGGUUAGAAAACCAGUUAGAAGGAUGUGAUCAAGCUAUUGGUUCUGAUGUUGUCAUUGAAGCAUUCAGUGGCCGCAAGAAAAGGCUUAGCAGAUGCAAUACGUGCGAGUACGUGGAUGAUAAGAGGGAAGGCAUAAUCUCGAGAUCAAUCUUGGAACAAUAAAUUUUCUGUACUGUUGCAGAUAUACUCGAAUAAUGUCAGUGAACUGAGUUGUUAUGGGCAAUUUGUAGACCCCGAACUGGUGUAGUGUGUACUGCCACUCUACCAGCUUCUAGCCUAUAUGUGUUUCAGAAGAGGAUAUUGUUUUAGAAGAGGAUAUUAUUUUUUUUUUUGCAGGUUGCUUGGGUCGCUUCUUCUUUUCCACUGGCAGUUGGAUUCUACGUCCUCCGCUCCUGAUGGCUUGGAGGACACUAUCUUUGUCGAAAAGGAGAAUCAAUAACUCAUGUUCUGAUCUCGUUCGGCAUUGCCAUGUGUCCUGCUCCCUAUCCUCCUCUGCUGCUCUUGCAUCCUCUUCUUCCUCUGCUGCUCUGGUGUCUGCUGAUUUUACUGCUACUGCAGCUGCAACAUACUUGCACUCUUGGGAGAUGCAGGAACGACUCAUUGAUCCCCAUGCAUUAAUUUGCUUGUUCUGCUCUCUAUUAAUUUUCGUGCUGCUAAUGUUGUGAAGUUGCCUCUUGACCAGUAGCUGGAUCUGACUGAAUCUCUGGGUCUCACUGAGCAUCAACGCUGUACACUGGAGGAUCCGUUGUCUUUCCCUUGUUUGUUGUUGUGCUGUCUCGAUAGAAAAUCUUGAGAGCACGUUGAAGAUGUCCUCUAUACACGGAUAACCAAUCCGAACUCGCCCACUGAUGCAUAUGUACGUAAAACAAAGAAAGCAUUGGAACAUAAUUAAAAAUCAGUGUGCACUAGUUAAUGUUAGUACUGUUAAAAGCCAGGAAUUAAGAGUGCAAUCAUUAUAUUUACACACAGCUACUGUUGUAGUGCCAAGUAGAGAACAACACGCUAGGGAUUAAGAGAUCAAUUAUUAUAUUUAUACGUGUAUUCAAUGAAUGAUGAAUAAUGAGAAAACAUAUCAUGG